AUGGCCUGCUGCUGCUUCCCUCGACAGCUGUCUCUCGCCUCCUCUGGUCUCUGGCUGGAACCCAGGAGCUGUAGAGGCAAGGGAAAAGGCCCAGGGCCCGUGGUCAGGGCUGCGGAGCGCGGAGCUGGCUGUGAGCUGCCGCCUCUCUCGCAGUCCCGAAGGGAGUGCCUGGAAUGGCGCAGCAGACCCGCCUUUUAUAGAGAGCAAUGUAACAAUGUAGCAACGUGGGAGCCGUUGCUUCCCUGGGGAAAAGGCGGGAAGAGGGACGGCAUGCAAUCCGUCAUUGUCCAGCACCCCGAUUCCAUCUGGCAAAUGUGGGGAAAGGGCCCAAUGGAAGCGAAACUGGCCAUCUGGACAAAUGGCCAUUGCAUUCUUCUUUGGAUGAACCCCCUCAGUGACAGCGAGUGGGAUGCCCCAGACCCAGGACAAUUACUCCGAAAAAUGGUGCCUACACAAGGCCCUGAAUUCAGGCAGGAGUUUGGGCAGCUGGCAGCAGAGUCCUGGAACAGGGAACAGACUUCUGAGAACCAAGUUCAUGAGUUAUCUUCUCGAGAGGACUCAGAGAUGUAUCCAGGCUCCUUUCGGUACAAUAGCCACAGCGGAAGCAGUCGUGGCCCCUAUGGCCACCUACAGAACCCCAACUUUGGACCAGGUCCAGCCUAUGCAUACUAUAUGGGAUACCAUCAAGUGACCAACCUGGAUGGCCAUAGGCAGUGGUUUGGGAGCUGGGGGUCUCCCUACACCCCUCCAAAGAUGGAUUGGAUGUCCUCUGGUGAAGACCCCUCAGAUCAUGUGAGGAAAUCCUCACUGAGUAAGACCCCCUACAGCUCCCCUGACCCCACCAGCCUGCCCCUUUCCAGCACCCCCGGAGAGUACUCUCCCAAGGACGUGGAGCCCCACUCUUGCAGCAGAAAUGGCCACCACACCUAUGCUUGGAUGCAAAAAACCAUGGGAUACACAGGGAAAACAAGGAAAGAGAAGUACCGAGUGGUUUAUACAGAUCAUCAGAGGCUGGAGCUGGAGAAGGAAUUUUACUUCGCUAGAUAUAUCUCCUCACCAAGACGGUUAGAACUGGCAUCUUCUUUGAACCUUUCAGAGAGACAGGUGAAGAUUUGGUUCCAGAACCGUAGAGCCAAAGAAAAAAAACAAAUGAACAGGAGAUCCCUUCCUGCUGACAACAGCCAAGGCUCCUUAGCAUGGGAUUCAGGCCUGGCUGGCCCUGCUCAAGGGUUAGCUCUCAUAUGA